AUGGCGGCCCCAAAGAUGACCAAGAACCAGAUGCGGAGGGCGAAGAAGAAGGAGCAGAAGAAAGUCAAGGCAGAAGAAGUUCAACCAACCGAAGAGGCUGAUGGGCCAGUUGCCGAGAAGAAAGAUGCAUCACCACCGCCUGAAGAUGGUGCCGAUGCCAAAAGUACGACCGACUCAGCGAAGCCCUCCGCGGUUACUAGCGACCCGAUCCGAGAAGAUCUGCUGGACGACGACCCGGCGUUUGCCGCAUACAGGGAUAUUUUCAACAAGUUUGGUGUUUCGUUUGUAGAGGAUCAGAUCGCCAAGGAGGCCAAUGCCGGAAACCAGGGAGACGUAUUCUUCGGCGACAAUGAUGACAUCCCCGAUGAAGAGGAGGAAUCCGGCCAGCAGAAAUUAUCAAAGAAGAAACGGAAGCAAUUGAAUAAAUUAUCCGUGGCCCAGCUCAAGGCGCUCGUCAGCAUCCCAGAAGUGGUCGAAUGGCAUGAUGUCUCAGCUUCAGAUCCGCGACUCUUGGUGCAAGUCAAGGCGCAGAGAAACGUCGUUCCCGUACCGGCUCACUGGGCAAUGAAACGAGAAUACUUGUCUUCAAAAAGGGGAAUUGAGAAGUCAGCAUUUCGGCUACCCAAAUUCAUCGCCGAGACGGGUAUUGCGGAGAUGCGUGACGCAGUAUUGGAAAAACAAGCAGAGCAAACCUUGAAACAGAAGCAGCGAGAACGAGUCGCGCCAAAGAUGGGCAAAUUAGAUAUCGAUUAUCAAAAGCUCUAUGAUGCUUUCUUCCGCUUCCAGACGAAACCUGAGCUGACGCGAUUUGGCGAAGUCUAUUACGAGGGCAAGGAAACCGAGGUGGACUAUCAGCACUUCCGUUCUGGCGAGUUGAGCGAUGCGACAAAAGAAGCGCUUGGCAUGCCACCCGGAGCACCACCUCCCUGGCUCAUCAACCAGCAAAGAUUCGGUACCCCUCCGUCCUACCCUACUUUAAGAAUACCAGGUUUGAACGCACCGCCUCCUCCUGGCGGAUCAUGGGGCUUCCAUCCUGGUGGCUGGGGUAAGCCCCCAGUUGACGAAUUCAACCGCCCCUUAUACGGUGGUGAUGUUUUUGGCCUCACCGCGCCAAACGGUGCUACUGGCCAAGCGCAGGCAGCCCAGCCUCAAUUAUCUAAUGGAGACUCUGUGGAACGAACACUAUGGGGAGAAUUACAACCUCGCGAAGAGGAGUCUGAAGAAGAGGAGGAAGAGGAGGAGGAAGAAGAAUCUGAGGACGAGGAUGUCCCCGGCGGCACCGAAACUCCCAGCGGGCUCGAGACACCAGGAGGCUAUGCCAGCACGGUACAUCCCGACUAUUCACAACAAGGCGUCGAAACAUCGAUUGCUGGCGAGAUGGACUUGCGCAAAGAGCGGCGUGGAUACGACACCGAGGAGUCCUCUGCUCCUCGCGCUGCUUACACAGUGGUGCCUGAGCGGCAGGUCCGUGCUGAGGGCUUCUUUGGCAGCGACCGCGCGUACGAUAUCAAUGCCGCUCAGCGCGCUGCCGCGGCUGGUAUGCCUGUGCUUGGCGCAGAUGACGAUUCUCGGAAGCGGAAGAAGCCUGGCGACAUUGACGUCGCAAUCGACGUUGACUCUCUAAAUCAGCACGGUGGCCUCAGCAAAGAUGAACUGCGGAGCAAAUAUGACGCCAGCCAGAAGGAAGAAGGUAUCGGUGCAAGGUGGGCCUAUGACGAUGAUCUGAGCCAAAUGAUUGAGGAAGAGAGGAGGAAGCGACAGCGUACCGAGAAGGAGCUCAAUGAGAAGAAGCGAGAGGGCAAAUAUAAAUUUUAA